UGUCUUGUCGACAAAGAAACUUGGGAAGGCCGAAAGGAGAAAAAAAGAAAAGAAAAUAGAAAAGUGUUUUUUCGAGGCUUCGAGUUUGUAGUGCAGCACUUCCAUUUUUUCAUUUAGUACGCUUUUUCAAUUCCAAAACCCUAAUCCCAAACUCACUUCGUUUGAUUCAUACGACGUCGUUGUCGAAGAAAGGUCAAUGUUCGGUGGCGGAGGUGAUGAUGCCCUUGCGGCUCGCCUUGGCAUGGUUUCGCCGUCGCUGCUGAAUCCGGCGACAUCGACGGUGAUGUCUGGAGAGAUAUCUCCGGCGCCGGCGAGGGAGGAGAGGGCUCCUGCUCAGCCGCAGUGGAGCCAGCAGGAGACGAGAGAGUUCAUAGCAAUACGCGCGGAGUUUGAGAGGGAUUUCACUGCGUCGAAGCGGAAUAGGACGCUUUGGGAAGCGGUGAGCUCUAAGAUGAGGGAGAGAGGGUUCAGGAGAAGCCCCGAACAGUGCAAAUGCAAGUGGAAGAACCUCGUUAAUCGCUAUAAGGGAAAAGAGACAUCUGACCCAGAGCAGGGCAGGCAAUGCCCAUUUUUUGAAGAGUUGCGUGCAGUCUUUACUGAAAGAGCACAUAACUUGCAACGAAAACAAAUGCUUCUUGAAUCUGAAACUCGUUCAGCUCAAACCAAGAAAGGGGUGAAAAGAUUAAGUGGAGAUCGGUCCUCAGAGGAGCUCUCGGAAGAUGAUGAUGAGGUUGAAGAUGACAGCGAAGAGGAGAGGCCUUCCAGAAGCAAUACCCGCAAAAGGAAAGUUGCAAUGGAGAAGUCUUCAAGGGCAAACAAUCCAUCAAAUGCUGUCAUUAAUAGUACUAGUAGUAUUCAGGACAUGCUCAAGGAGUUUUUUCAACAUCAGUUAAGGAUGGAGAUGCAAUGGCGGGAGAUGAUGGAAAGGCGUGCUCAUGAAAGACAGUUGUUUGAGCAGGAAUGGCGGCAGUCAAUGGAGAAGCUUGAGAAAGAGAGAUUAAUGAUUGAGCAAGCAUGGAGGGAGAGAGAAGAACAGAGGAGAAUGAGAGAAGAGAGUAGGGCAGAGAGAAGGGAUGCUCUAUUGACGACCCUUUUGAACAAACUCAUUAAUGAAUCUAACUAACUGAGGCGAAUGGCUUGGGUUCCCUGUAGCUGAUUAUUUUGUUAUUUCCAUUUAUCAUAUUAUUUCCAAGUUUAGCUGAGAAUGAACCAAAUUGCAUAGUAGCUUUUGAUUACAGAGAAAUUUGGAGAGGAGAAAUAGAUUGAUGAAAGGAGUAUUACAGAUUUAUAGGAGUAUAUGAACAUUUUCUUUUGAAAAUUGAUUGGGUUUUUUAUAUGAACUAUUUAGGGAUACUUCUGGUUGGCACAAAGUUCUGGGACAUGUGUAACUUAAAACUGGUAUGGGUUAAAAGCUUUCUGUAUGUUUUUUAUUAAAUCUGUACAAAUAUUUUUGCUUUACUUCCCUCCCUGAAAGAUACAUUUGGGGAUGACAAGUUUGUUUAUUAGUUUAUAAAUUUUAUUGUUUAUGGACUGAUCUCUAUGUCAUUGAGUUGAAAUUUCAAUAGGAUGAUCAUGAAAUAACAUAUUACUUUUAGCUC